AUGGCGGGUUUCUACAGCCACCACCCUGGCGACCGCUCUUGCCGCCGCGUCUAUGGUGGACGAAGGGAAGCGUUCGGUUGCCGCAGCAAGCCGUCCACUUCCCCGCCUCCUCCCCAUGACGGGAGGAGGGAGGGGUCAAGCCGGCGGCGAACAGCAGAGGGCGCUGUGACCAACUCCCGGGUUUAUGGCUUCGAUGAUGCAGUUGCGGAGAGCGAGUUGAGGAGCGAGCGGCGGUGUGUGCGCGCGCGCUCUCUCUCCGGGCUGCUGCUGCUGCUGCGGGGGUUGCGCCUCUGCGUCCGUCGCUCUUUUUUCUGUGCAGGUCCUUUCCCGCGCGCCGGUGUCGGUUGGGCCUAA